AUGUCUGAGGCCGGUAGAACAACGGACCAGGAUGAGAUAUGUGAAAGUUGUGUGAGCGAUACGGACGAGGAAUCAAACUUGGAAACCUUGUCAAUUCCUGAUCCAAAAAAUCGCUGGGAAUGGUUGAAGCGAAGAUUCCGAGAAGAGAGAUCGAGUAGGGUUGAUGACAUACCACAAAAUAAACCACCACGGACUAGGGAACGAAAACAAUCGGUUGUCGAUCCAUUUUUGAAGCGAUUUAGCACCCGUCAACUGCAUAGUUUGCACGAAAGACCUCUGAGUUCAAGUCCAAUUUCAAUCCAACCGGAGCUACUACAAUGCGAAUCAUUUCACAAAAGCUUAAGUCCCAAACUUGACACCACAAACAAGAAAUGGGGUUUCACAACUGGAGUCCUCGACCCUAAAAGCACUUUUGUAUAUUUUUGGAAUUGUGUUUUAGCCUUGGCUAUAUUUUAUCAUUUUUGGACUAUUAUAUUCAGGAUUGCGUUUUUGGACGAAUCUAUAAUCUCGCGAGGCAUCAUAGCGCUGUUGGUAUUUGAUUAUGUAAUUGAUUUGGUUUAUAUCCUUGAUAUUUUAAUAUCCUCACGGAUUAGUUUUCUGCAAAACGGUAUCCUUGUUCAGGAUGUAAAGAGGGUCGCAUUUAUGUAUUUGUUUACAAGAAGGUUUUAUAUCGAUCUCUUAGCUAUCUUACCGGUGGAUUUUUUAUACAUUGCGCUGGGGGUGACACCAGCGUUAAGGCUGGUCAGGUUGAUAAAAGUGUACAAACUAAUGAAAGUGAAGACAAAUAUUGAAUCGAUGUCCUCGAGUCCGGCGCUGCUUCGUGUUUCGAUAUUGGUGCAUUCAAUGUUCUUGCUGAUUCACUGGAAUGCAAGUUUUUAUUUUAUGAUAUCUGAGUACGAAGGACCAGGCUCGAACGAGUGGGUCUACCCUGCGAUGAACGGAAGCUUUGUGAGCUUAACAAGAAAGUACGCACGCUCGUUUUAUUGGUCAACAUUGACACUGACUGCAAUUGGAGAUCUGCCCGCGCCUGAAACAGACCUAGAGUAAGUUGAUGGUAUUUCUAAUUCUAGAUCUCAAAAAUGAAACCGUUUCUAUAAGUUACCAAGAAUUAAAGGACGUAAAUUGAGUUUCUAUCGCGAAUCUUGCCCAAAAAUCUUGAUAUGUACAGAUGCGAAAGGCACAUGUUUUAACACUGGGCCACCAAAUAGUCAAUAAUUCCUAACAUUUAAUAAAUCAUUUCUAGAUACUUGUACACAAUCUGUUGUUAUCUCUGUGGCGUUUUCAUGUUUGCGACAGUUGUAGGUAAGAGACUCUUACGUUAAUGAAAAAUCCUACUUGUGUGAAAUCUUUUAGUCCUAAGCUAUAAUUCGUCUAAGAGCUCCAGUCUCUCAGUGGAAGCUUAACUUGCGUCAAAUGUACACAGAAAAUAAAUGCAUAUAGGCUAUAUAGUUUAUCGUACGUAUAUGUUUGCUUAUGCAGUGUCGUAGACAACAAUCUAAUGAUGUUAAUUUAAAUUAUUUGGCAGGAAAUAUCGGUGGCAUAAUCUUGAACAGAAAUUCAAACAAAAUCGUUUUUGAACAGCAAAGGGUAUGUACCAACGACUCAGUUAAAUAAUUUCAUAAUAUUAAAUAUUAUUUUUAUAUACCAUCCUAAAAAUCUUUAUUUUUCUCCCAGGAUGAAGCGAGGAAUUACAUGGAAGAAAGAAAAGUUCCUAAAGAACUUCAAGAACGCGUUUUGUUGUGGUACGACUAUGCUUAUCAAAGGUAAAACGCCUUUAGAUCACAGUACACGAUGGAAACACUCCCUUCCUCCUCCCGCGAUUGCCAGAAUUUUACUGAAUUAUACCUGGUUUCCAUGAAUUCACAAACACUAAACUAUACAACUGUUUAGUACAUGAACAAGAUUUAAUCAAACUCACCAAGUGUUGGCUUCCUUGUAGAGGACGAAUUAACGGUGUCGAUGAUCUCAAUUCCUUGAAUCUGCUGCCGCAUAAAAUGAAAACAGAAUUAGCAAUUCAUAUUCAUUUGGAUACGUUGAAGAAGGUAUACGCCCGUAUUCUAAAAGCUCAGUCACACUCAAGGAGUGGAGGUUCAAUCUGAGCUUCUCUUGAGCGUCAUUGCUGUUUUUGAAUAGCUGGAGGGUGAGUAGUCACCGAGCAUGACACUAGCCCUCCAGCUAUUCAAAAACAGCAUUAACACUCAAGAGAAGCUCAGAUUGAACCUCCACUCAUUGAGUUUGAGUGAGCUUUUAGAAUACGGGCGAUAGUGUUUGAUUACUAUCUUCUGCCUGUCAUUGCUAGCAUCAGAUCACCACCAAUAAUAUCACCGCAACUACUAUCAUCAUUGUUAAUACCACCAUCACCAACAUUACCAUCCUUCACUGUCAUCACCAUCAUCACCUUCAUUACCAUGAUCACCAUCAUUACAAUCGCCACCACCACUACCAUAUCACGACCACCAUCAUCAACAGCACCACUGUCAUCACCACUACUGUCAUCACCAUAUCAUCACUAAUACCACCAUCAUCACGACUAAAGUAACGAAUACUAACCUGCUUCCAUUCUCUUGCCUCUCUUCAGGUCUCAUUCCUACAAAAAUGUCAACCAGAAUUCUUACAUGAUCUCUUACUCAAGAUGAAACUGACAAUAUAUACUCCCGGAGAUCUUAUUGUCCGCCGUGGAGAAAUUGCACGAGAAAUGUACCUUAUCAGCGACGGAAUUGUACAAAUUAUUGGGUAAGUUGGACGACGUCCUAUUUGAUAAAGAUCCGGACUUAAUUAAGGAGCGAAAACAUUGGAAAGUAAACAAACAAACGUGUUUUCCACAAACACAAAACAACUGUAUUUAUUUCCAUUCACAUAUACAAGGAACCAUUACUUGAUGAACCAUUACUUGAUGAUCAAUUUUUUAGAGAGUCUGGCGAUGUUUUAAAAGAGUUGGGAUCUGGAGAUUUCUUCGGAGAGAUUGGGAUAUUGAAUCUCAGUGGAGGACAAAAUAGGUCAGGCAAACUUGUAGUUAACUUUACAUUGACUCUGAAGAUAUUUACGUAUGCCAAACCAUUCAUUGAAUAAUCCAGACAUUUUUCCAAACCGUUACAUCUGUUGUGUUUUUCAGACGUAUAGCAGAUGUCCGCUCAGUUGGUUAUACCGAGUGUUUUAUGUUGUUGCGAGAGGAUGUAUUAGCAGCAACACGAGAUUAUCCCGAGGCACAGGUGAACAGUGAUGAAUUUAAUUAUAUCAAUCAUUGUACGUUCACUGGACCUCUAGAGAGAAUAGUUUAAAACUGACAGAGCUAUUCAGUAUAAAUAAAGUUAGUUUAGUUUAGGUUUCCUCCCGUAGUAACACUUGAUCAAUAAGAGAUGAUUCUUACCGAACCUCUAGGGAGAACCGUUUGGAACUAAUAGUCAUCGUUUGGAACUAAUAGUCAACUAAUAAUCAAAAAUUUGUUCUUCAUUUCUCGUCAGGAAAUACUCUCAGCGUAUGGAAAAGAGCGACUUGACCGGACUCGUAAAAUCAGCAGUUACCGAGAGGCCACUGGUGUCCAGGUCCCUAACAAACGUUGGCCGCAAUUUGAACUACAGGUGCUACGCGAGUCUGUGAGUUCAGUGACUGCGCAUGAAAACGAGGCGUUUACGAAAGAAGGGGAUAUUAAUGAAUCUCGUACCCAGGGCCUUCAGAAUAAAGCCGAGAGACAAGAAAGCUCUGGAGAAUAUAAAGAUAAAAUUCGUAACGAAAGUAAUCAGAGCAAUAGCACGGCAAAAGACGUAAACAAUGAAACAAAAACCACUCAGAAAUUGAGUCAAUCACAGGUAAUUGUUUGUUCUUCUUUUUCAAUUACCAAGGAAGGCGUCGGGUCUGAGUUUAUCACAAGUUUUGCAAUUCAAAAUACUAACAAGUCCAAUAUUAAUAAUUUUUACUUUCAUACUUAAUUAAGGAAAAUUCUCAAUUUUGCUACAAACAUCUAACAUUAUAAGUAUUUGAUAAUGAAAAUAAAAAUUACAAAUCAAAUAUUCAAAUGUGAAAAAUAUCCAUCUUGUCUUUCACACAAUCAAUUAUAUUUAUUCAACAUAUCUGUAAAUUGUAAGCACGAAACUACAAGGUGGUCUUUCAUGACAGUACACUGGUCGGCGCUGGGUUCGAUAUGUUUGGCUGCUCGCCCAGCACUCUCCUAAAAUACCCUGGCUGGAUCCAGCACUCAGCCAUCAUAUCAAUAUUCUAGGAGCAACUGGGAAUAACUCAAGUAGAAAGCGUCGAAAGAAAAUUAUCUCAAGAACUCAAGAGUGCCAUGAAAGUCAAGGUAAAAAUAAUUGGCUACAUAAACUUACCGAAAUAUUGAAACCUUGGUGGCAGGACUACAUGACAUUACCGCAUUCAUCCAACGCCUAAUGCGUGUAUCUACACAGACAAAAACAAACAUGAAUAUAAUCUUGACUUGAACGGUGUGUAACAGUGUAGGUAGUGGCAAUAAUAACAAAGUUUCGGAUUAAUAGGGAUACAACUACCUGAAAAAUACAAGGAGAAUUUUAACGUUUCGAGCGAAGUGACUAAAGCGGCGACACUAACUUCACGACGAAGGGUAUUCGCUCGAAACGUCGAAGUUCUCCUUAUAUUUCUCAUCCCUAUAUCAAUCAGCAAGCUUUCUCGAACACGAAUAAAAACUGUCAUGUAACAAUACUCACCAUAUAGAGUACAUUUUUCUUUCUUUUCUUUUCCUUUCCACUUCGUAGGGCGGAUAAAAUACAUCACACGGCACACACAUGGAGUGAAUUUGACAAAGUUUGCAAUUCAAAUUUCAUCUAACAAUCCUAACUUAAAAACAACUGAACAUUUGCAUAUUUUGUAUGGUUAAAAUAUGUGAUAAAACAAAGCCCUUGUAUUCCCUUGAGGGAAUUUUGCUUUAUGCACUCGCGUGUGCAGUAAUUUUGACAAUUGUGCUAUUUUAAAUUCCCAGGCACCUAAAAUCUUUUGUCCUUAAAACAAUGUCGAUUUCUUGGGAAAUACCGAGGUUGCGUUUUUUUUAUACUGUACACCCUGUAGUAUGUAAUAAUUAAUAACAGCACCAAUAUUGAAAUUAUCCGAUCAGAUCAUAUUCAAAGUACUGUAGAUUGUGAACGGCAACCAGAGUAGCUACGUGCCUACGUGGUAAUUAGACCAUUGUUCACUAUUCCUUAUUCCUGAACUUAUAAGUAUUCAAUUUAGGAAAAAGAAAUCUCCCUGCUGAACGAUGUUAUCCAAGAAUUUCAACGAGAAAAAGACAACCACAAACAAGAACUACAAAACAUUAAAACAAAACAUCACAAGUGCCAAAAGAGACUGGAAUUAUUAGAAGUCGAAAAUUCAAAAUUACGAGGAGAGAGCGAGGCAAAAGACGAAACUAUUGACUUGUUGAGGAAUAAAGUUGAAGAGUUACAAAGGACUAAACGAAUGGAAGAACAAGAGAUUGUUGUCACUGAAGUAAAUGAAUGUGAAAAUAAUUACUAGCAGUGAGCGCUGGGCGCGUUAAUUCUAUUUUGAAUUCAUUUUAACUUUGAAAAUUUGACUGUAUUAUAAUGUAAAAAAAUGUUGUAAAACUUGUAUUAUUCAAAACCUAAAUUACGGUGACGAAAAACGUCAUUAAACGUUAUCUAUCCAUCAAUUCACUAUUUCAAAAAACUUUCGAAUUGUAUAUAUGAAUACCUAUUACAACAUAUGUGAAUACCUAUUACAACAUAUAUGAAUACUUAUUACAACAUAUAUGAAUACCUAUUACACCAUCCUCUAUAACGCACGAAGGUUUUGCUUCCCAAAUUCACAUUUUCAGAUAACUCAGUUAGCACAGUUGUAAGCAUAGAAUGGAACAAAGGUAACCAAGCAUUUAAAUUAUGUAUGCGAGUACAUUAGGUGCAUGACAACAGUCAACACUGCAAAUGAAAUAACACAACAACACAUCAUUUCAGUACGUAUUUCUACAUUUUUAAACCACAACAAAUUUAAAUACAAACUUAGUAACGUUAGGUAGCUCUUAAACCAUAUAAAAAUAACCUUUUUUAAUCUUAUUUACAAAAUCAGUUUUGAAUUCUCCAUAACGAAGUUGAUUUGGUAAUUUUCCCUUUUAUUUGCGACGAUGAAACUUUAUAGGAUUCCCACAGAGAGAAGUAUCAUACUGAUGCAAUAAUCAUUCAUCUCCUUUCAUUUUAAGGCCUGUUGCACACUUGCAAUGUUUUCUGGGAUUUUCACCUUCUGAUGGAUGUGAACGAGUGGAUGAAUUAUGAAUGUUGAGAUAAGUUCAUAUACUCAGAACAUUUAUGACUCAUCCACUCGUUCACAUCCAUCAGAAGGAGAACAUCGCACUAAAAAUCGCAGACAAAAAUGCAAGUGUAAACGGUCCGUAAAUUUAAAUACCCAGUCUUUCCAAGGCUUGUGUUUCAGGGUACUGGCCAUGCAAGCUUGAUUUUCACAAGACUGAUCGUAAAAUAUUUCUGAUUGCGCGCAUUUGCUAGCGAGUGUUCGCCUUCGAGAAUGAGAGCUCAUUUUCCACUUAGUUGAUGUAGUGACGUCAUAACGAGUUUCUCAACGGCAUAUCGGUAACCAUAAACGGGAAACACCAAUUCGCAUUCGAAGGAAAGUUCUACAAGUUUCCGAAGGUUUCGGCAGGUUUUUAGUCAAUUCAUUCUUCAAUUUUAACGCACAAAUUGUCCUAACUUCGAACAGCUUACGUUGACCUCAAAAUACGACUUGAAAUUAGCGGUUAGCGGUUACCGGUCUUCCGUAAACGUCAAUCUUAACCAUUUCCGACGAAUCUUCUGUGUGACGUUAUUACAUCAACUGAGUGUAGAAUAGUGACGUCACCAGCCUAGACCUUGACCUUUCUAGACUCUGCUGUUUCAGCUGGCUUUGGUCAAUUUUGAGUUAGCGUUUGCCAAGUAUGACGUCACAGGCGAAAUGAAAGGGAGGAUGCCCCGCCCCCAAAUCGCUAGGUCCCAGUCUUCUCAUGCAAAAAGCGCGCUGAAUAUUAAAAAUAAAAACUAAUAUUAAAAAAAGGCGUAGGUGUAGGCUGUGGCAUCACCAGUUGAGACAACAUUGUAGCAAGCCUGCUACAAAACUGAAACAACAUGCUUGGCCGCUUUUUAAGUGCACAUGACACAAAUUUUGACUUGUGCCACAGCCGUUAAUCGUCGAGACACGAGUCUACGGCUGUAACACAGGCUACUACAAUUGUAGACUCACUACGUUUAGACUUUCAUUCCUGUGCUUUGUGUUUGAGAUAUUCUGCGGUAAUUAUUUCAUUGAUAAAGGCAGGUAUCGGCUCCAAUCUUCUGACGAACACCUCCGACAUACGAGCCUCGUGCACAUAUUUCGACCCCGUCAACAUUUCCUGAUCUAAAUCUAUUAUUAGUAUUUGUUAAUAUGCUACGGUAGUCACCAGUUCUUUCGCGGCUUUCGCGAUAUCGUACGCGCACUGGAUGACUUGUUGUGUGAGUUGUGCCAUAUCGAUAGAGUUCUCGGGGAGGACAGUGUUUUUACAUUCGACCUCGAGUCUCACCGAGCUCUGGUUCAUGAGGUCGAGCGCUGCACGGACAGCCAUCAUGGGCGGGUUCU